AUGGAGCUGACAGCUGAGAGCCACUCUAUCCCUCUCAGUGAUGGUAAUAAAAUGCCACUGAUUGGACUUGGGACUUAUGGAAAUCCUCAACAGACGCCCAAAGGGACCUCCUACAAUGCAGUGAAAGUGGCAAUUGAAGCUGGUUACAGACACAUUGACGGUGCUUUGGUGUAUUUUAAUGAAGAUGAGGUGGGACGAGCCAUAAGAGACAAGAUUUCAGACGGGACGGUAAAGCGAGAGGACAUCUUUUACUGUGGAAAGCUAUGGAAUACUUUUCAUCCUCCACACCUCGUUCGCCCGACCCUGGAGAAAACAUUACACAUGCUGCAGUUGGACAACGUUGAUCUAUAUAUUGUGGAGAUGCCCACAGCUUUCAAGCCCGGGGAUGUGUAUUAUCCUAAAGACGAUAAUGGAAAGUACAUUUACCAUGAGACAGACCUAUGUGCCACAUGGGAGGCUCUCGAGGAAUGCAAAGAUGCUGGACUUGUAAAGUCUCUUGGAGUUUCAAACUUUAACCGGAGACAGCUGGAGUUAAUACUGAACAAACCUGGUCUUAAACAUAAGCCAGUGUCAAAUCAGGUUGAAUGUCAUCCCUAUUUCACUCAGCCAAAGUUACUGGAGUAUUGUCGUCAGAAGGAUAUUGUGAUCGUGGGAUACAGCCCUCUUGGGACAAGCAGAGACCCAUCCUGGGUGAAUCUUAAAUGUCCUCCAAUGUUAGAGGAUGAGGUUCUCGUCUCCAUUGCAAAAAAGCAUAAAAAGACCACAGCUCAGGUGGCUUUGAGGUUCAAUAUUCAAAGAGGAGUAGCAGUCAUCCCCAAAAGUUUCAAUGCAACUCGUAUAAAAGAAAACUUUUCGAUAUUUGAUUUCUGUCUCUCUGACGCUGAGAUGGAGGCGAUAGAGGGCCUGAACAAGAACAUACGCUUUGUUGAGCUGCUCAUGUGGGCCGAUCACCCAGAAUAUCCAUUUCAUGAUGACUACUAG